GAUGGAAUCCCAGGUGCGUCAGAACUACCACUUGGACUUCUAGUUCGCCAUUAACAGGAUGGUCAACCUGGAGAUGUUCGCCUCCUACACCUACACCUCUAUGGCUUAUUACUUCUGCCGCGACGACGUGGCUCUGCCGGGUUUCUCCCACUUCUUCAAGGAGAACAGUGAGGAGGAGAGGGAGCACGCCGAGAAGCUGCUGUCCUUUCAGAAUAAGAGAGGAGGCCGAAUCUUCCUCCAGGAUAUCAAGAAACCAGAGAAGGAUGAGUGGGGCAGUGGGCUGGAAGCCAUGCAGUGUGCUCUGCAGCUGGAGAAAAAUGUCAACCAGGCUCUGCUGGAUCUGCACAAGAUGGCCUCUGAUCGGGUUGAUCCCCAUCUGUGUGACUUCCUGGAGUCCCACUACCUGAACAAGCAGGUGGAGUCCAUCAAGAAGCUCGGUGACCACAUCACCAACCUGACCCGCAUGGAUGCCCACAACAACAAGAUGGCGGAGUACCUGUUUGACAAGCACACCCUGGGAGGAAAAAGCUAAAUGCCCAGCAGGGAACAUGGAGUAGAAGUGUCUGUAACAAAGGCUUCAGGCUAAAUUAGUCUACUCCAGAGUUUAUUAAGCAUUUCAUUGACCUAAUCAGUUUCUGAAGUUGUUGAGUGUAUUAAGAAGUUGGUCUAAGUGUAACUUCUGAUUCUCUGAAUAAACAUCUUGAGCUGGA